CAGUGGUGUCAGUUUGAGUGAAGACAACCUAUGAACAUGUGGACUACAGCAGAAGACAGCUGUGGAGGAAGUGUUGCUAAAGACAGCAGAACAACAACAGACAGGGCUGCAUGCACGGAGAAUCUAACACAGAGCGAUGCCUUCAUCAGAAGCUCUUUACCUUUGGAUCCUGCAGAGGAGUACAAGAUGGACAACAAACGACGAGGCCUUGCACUCAUCUUUAACCAGGAGCGCUUCUUCUGGCGCCUGGGGUUACCUGAAAGAGAUGGAACCAAUGCUGACCGCUACAACUUGGAGAAAAGACUGAAUGAGCUUAACUUCGAAGUGAAGGCUUAUGAUAACUACAAACAGGUGGAAGUCUUAGAUAAAAUCAGUGAAGCCGCAGAGGCGGACCAUUCAGACUCAGACUGCUUUUUGCUCGUCUUCCUGAGCCACGGCAAGGAUGAUCACGUCUACGCCUACGAUGACAAGAUCAGCAUUCAGGAUAUCACAUCCCUGUUCAAAGGAAACAAGUGUAGGAGCCUUGUGGGAAAGCCAAAGAUCUUCAUAUUACAGGCGUGCCGCGGAGACAAACAUGAUGAUCCAGUGACUGCCUGUGAUGCCGUGGACAGUGAGUUGAAGACAAAUGAGGUGGUGGUUGACGCUAGCGCCGUACACACCCUCCCUGCUGGGGCCGAUUUCAUCAUGUGCUACUCUGUGGCUGAAGGUUACUAUUCCCACCGGGAGACCGUCAACGGCUCCUGGUAUGUCCAGGAUCUGUGCGAGCUGCUUAAAAUGUAUGGGGACUCCCUUGAAUUCACAGAAUUACUCACACUGGUCAACAGGAAAGUGUCGAUGAGGAGUGUUGGGAACUGUCUUGACCGGAAUGCCAUUGGGAAGAAGCAAGUACCUUGCUUUGCUUCAAUGCUCACCAAGAAGCUCUACUUCCGACCAAUAAAGUAACAGUUUCAGACCUGAGUCAUGAAAUGAGCCGGGUGGGAAACAGGAUCUCCUCUGGGAAAUUUUAAAGAGAUGUUUGUUUUUUCUAGUCCUCUACUGUAUGUUAAUCAUAAACACUAUUAUUCACAUUUGCAUUUAACUAUAAUUAGAAACCUUAAAAUUCAGUUGUUGUAUAUUAACAGGAACAACAACAUGCUCUGAAGAAUUAUGAAUAUUCUUUUCCUUAUGCUAUUCAAAAUUGUGGUUUCAUUUAUGAUGCAAAGUUUCUCUUCUGGAAAAAAACAGAUUUCUUGGCAGAUUUAUAAAAGGGUUUUAAGGUUUUUGCAUUUGCAUGACAGAGAACCAAGAUAGGCAAAGUAUCCGUGGCAGCAGAUGGUAGAGGAGAAAUCAUAUUGCUGACCAGCUGUUAGUAAACACGGUACUGUGUGAUUUACUGGUUUGUCUGAAUUUACAGCAAACAUUAUAAUGCAAUCUUAUCCAACAGCCCUGAAGUAAUUCAAAGUUAGACCAGCACAAUGGCGGGUCAAUAUGGGCUUAUUACAGCUACAUGUAUACACUGACAUAAGGGGUGAAAAAGGUAAAAACAGUUAUCUUAGAAACAGUGCCAAAUAUUGUCUAUGUCCAGCAAGCUCAAUGUUUAUAUCAGCACAGCAGAUUACUAUAUCUCACAGUGGAUCAGAUCAUUGAGCAGUGGUAAAAGGCAAUUUAGUAAUUUUCCCAACUCUGAUAACCAAAUGUGAGGGAUCCCUGCAAAAGCAACCACAGCAGAUGUGGUUCAGAACCUUAUAAAACUUCAUCUCUCAAUUAAAGUGUAUAUACUUUACUAGAAAUAUAACAUAAAUCUUGGACCAGCAAAUGUUAUAUUUGAUAAGGCUGCCCCUUGCUGACUAAACUGAUCAUGAGGUGAGAUGCAUUAGGGAUCUGUGUGGCUUUUACCACAACAAACACUUUUCUGGGGAAGACCUGAAUGCUUAAUUACAAUCAUUAUUUUACUUCCCUGAUGACCAAUUUAGUUUCCAGUGUCAGGGUGACUUCAUAUCCAAUACUGACUUAUAAGACUAUGACAUUUAUUUUUUGCUUCAGACAGAACACAAAUCAGUGUUGUGAGUUUAUCAUUUAUGGUCUUCUAUUGGAUUGCUUUAUGUUUUCAAGGUGUUCCUCUUAUUUUGUCCAGCUCUACGAUAUAGAUCAGAUUUUGUGCUUUCAGAAAUUAUUAUGGACCCAUAUUCUUUGUUAGUUGCCUUUCGUCACAUUUUUAACUUGCUUGUUUAAUCAAAUUUAAACUGCUGUGGUACUAGACAAAUGCUGACUUUAUCCUGCAGGUGACUUUUGUUUAACAUUCUACAAGAUUGCCUUGCAAAGGGAAGCUUUCCUCAGACUUAACAUUGUUUCUGAGGAAGAUGGAAAUGACAGGCAAGUCAGGAUUCCUUAAAUACAGUCUGGCAGGUCCACAAGCCAGACAAAAACUUUCCAACUAUACUGCAUCUUGCGAGGCAUGUGACAUAACAGCAUGAGAACCAUGUACUUCUAAUGAUUUUGUUUACUUCAGGGUUUAACACUUAUCUUUCUAAUUACAAAUUAUGUAGUAAUAUGUCUUAUAGUAGGUUUAUCCAGGCACUACAUAAACAUGCUGUUUGUCUUCAAACUCGCUCCAUCAAAAAGGGAAUUCAUGGUUGUGCUGCUGUUUGUUGUAGUAGUAAACUGUAUUCAAUUUAAUAAUGCGUAUUUGCACUCAAAAAGGCAACAAAUACCAGUGUGGGAAGAACCUCAGGCAGGAGGGGUGUUUUUAAAGCUGUACUCUGGACAUAAAACACUUGUAGCUGUGUCACAUGAUCUAUGACUCAGGAAAAUCAAAAGCUACCAGCAUACAAUGAUCCUGUAUUUUUGUGGUGUUAUUGUUGUGAGUUUUUGUAUAAAAACUGUCUGUUGUAUAAAAUCUG